AGUAUCAUAAAGAGAGCCAGCUCUUGGGAGAGAGAGUCUCCUGGGAGGCUCUUCACUGCACGUUUCUGCUCUGCACACCCACGACAGCCUGCAGAGCCAAACAUGUAGGGGAGGACUGGAGGAAAGCGGAAAACUCGUCAUUUCUUCUUCUGUCUCAGCAGAGACAACACACACUCACACAUCCCCACCACAGGAGCGAGAGUCCUGAGUCUGCUGAAGUCCUUCAAACACGUUUACAUUGUUUGGUGCGCAAUGGAGUUUCCAGCGGUGACUGUAAGCGGUGCUGAAGAUCUCUAUUCAGCGAUGCCCUACAACUCCAACUUUUCGGAAGAAUCAGCCGGACUUCUGACCAACAGGAGCGAAGAGCCGAGCGCUAUGAGCGGAUCCACAGCCCUGCUGAUGGCCAUCUCCAUAACGGCGCUGUACUCAGCCAUCUGCGCGCUGGGGCUGUUCGGAAACCUGCUCGUUAUGUACGGAGUGGUCAGGUACACAAAGAUGAAGACUGCAACCAACAUUUACAUCUUUAAUUUGGCACUGGCAGAUGCUUUGGCUACUAGCACUUUGCCAUUCCAGAGUGCGAAGUAUCUGAUGGGCACUUGGCCUUUUGGCGAGCUAUUGUGCAAAGUGGUUAUUGCCAUUGAUUACUACAACAUGUUCACCAGCAUCUUCACUCUGACAAUGAUGAGUGUAGACCGUUACAUUGCUGUGUGCCAUCCAGUGAGAGCUCUUGAGUUCCGGACACCUGUUAAAGCAAAGAUCAUCAAUGUCUGCAUAUGGAUUCUGUCAUCUGCCAUUGGUAUUCCAAUCAUGGUCAUGGCAGUGACCAGAGUAACCGACAAGGGUAAAACUGUCUGUAUGCUGAAAUUUCCAGAUCCGGACUGGUAUUAUGACACCGUGACAAAAAUUUGUGUAUUCAUCUUUGCCUUUGUGGUGCCUGUUCUGGUCAUCACAGUCUGCUAUGGACUGAUGAUCCUGCGUCUAAAAAGCGUGCGCCUGCUCUCUGGGUCCAAAGAAAAGGACAAGAACCUACGACGUAUCACCCGCAUGGUACUUGUGGUAGUGGCAGCUUUCAUCAUCUGUUGGACACCCAUCCAUAUCUUUAUAAUUGUAAAAACCUUGGUGGAGAUUGACCAGAAGAACCCCCUUGUGAUCAUCAGCUGGCACUUUUGUAUUGCCCUGGGCUACAUGAACAGCAGCCUAAACCCAGUGCUAUAUGCUUUCCUGGAUGAAAACUUCAAGAGAUGCUUCAGAGAAUUUUGCUUGCCCUUUCGCUCUUGCACAGAGCAGAAUAACUUUUCCAGAGCCCGCAAUGCCACCCAAGAACCCAUCUCAGUGUGUGGCGCAUCACAUUCAGUGAAGAAGCCAAGAUGACUAGAGCUGGAUCAGGUGCCGCUUGAAGGACCAAGCAGGACGCAACAGGACCUACAGUCCGAAGGCACUCAAAUCUCAACCACUGAGUUCUGAACCUCUUCAUGUAAAGCUUUGAUUUCUUAACAACCAGUUAUCCCUGGUUGAGAAUUCUUUGUCUCUCACUAUGUAUUCAUCUGUGAGAAUUGCGUUUCUGUCAUACAAAACCUUUGAUUUAUGGAUGUACUGAAAAAACAUAGUAAUAAAAGUCAAGAGAUGAUCUGCUGAAAUGAAAUGGACAUACACUAUAAUUACAGCAGAUUCAUUAUGACCUUAACACUCUACAUACAACAGUCACAAACAGUGACAAAAUUGCAGUUGUGUUAGGCGUAUUUAAAACAAUCCAUUCCCAAAACAUUAGGCUUUAACUUUUAACUUUCUGGAGUUCUAAGACAGUGUAGAGCAUAAAUGUUUUUCUGCUGUUCACUUUCACACACCAAUAUAAUUUACACAUCCAUACAUAAAAACAACAUCUGCUAUAAAACAGUUUGUAAGUAUGACUUGCUGUUGUAAAAUAUGUAAUUUCUGUUUUGUUUCCUGUUUGCUAGCUCUAAUAGCCAAUAGAAGGAAAUGAACAUUGAACACCCAUUUCCUAAAGGGUGCUAGAUUGCCAAAGGAAGCAAGUUGCUCAUGCUGGCAGUGUUGCUGUAUGUGCCUUUCUGUGCCUUGAUAAAAGACUAGGAAAAGUAACAGGAGUGAAAGCAGGUCUGCUUAAGGUUUGUCUUUAUAAACUCCUUAUAAAUACAGGCCACCUACCAAACAGCAGCAUGACACAUUGCUUUAUUUCAGUACAAUAAAAAGCAAUUCCUGAACUGUACAGAUAAUUAUAUUUUGGUACCAUCACAGAAAUAGGAAUUUGAACAGUCAACCUAAAUGCAAUGAAAUGCUAGACCUCAUUAUAAGAAUAAUUGGGAUUUUUUGCUUUUUGCAGCCUCUUGGCAAGAAUCAUGCUCAGACUUAAAGGUAGACCUGGUACAUUAUUUGUUGCACUUUAAAACAGUUCAUAUUCACACAUCUCAUUUACAGAAAUGAACCAACCAUUGAAAUGUUUCUUGGGGAAUCAAAAGGUGUUCUUCUAUGGCUUCACUCCAAAGAGCUCUAACAAAAUACAGAGAAUAUCACAGUGUAGGAGGACCUUCAUGACAGAAACUGAAGAUAACUUGCAAGGAAGAGGUUAUUUAAGCAGAUGAGGAUGAGUAUCAAAAAACUAUCUCAGCAAAUCAUGAUUAGAUAGUUUGGCUUACAUUGCAAACACUAAAAUCUAGUGGUUUUGUUAAGAGCUUCGUUUGUCAGUGUUCACCUUACUGAUUUAGUUAAAAAUAUCAACUUACAAAUCUUUUAUAAAAGCUUUGAUUUAGCUAAUAAACUGUUGACAGUGUGUGGCAGAUUGAGCACACAAUGUUGUUAUAGCUCCUUGUCUCAAGGACAAAUUUAACACAGUUUGGCCUUUCUUACUCAUGUUCUAUCUUUACUGGCAAAACAAGCAGGCAUUUCGUGCAGAAAUAUAUGAGCAGUUUACAAAUAAUUGGUCGAUUUUAAUGAAGCAUAGAAUUUAUGUCACAUUUGCAGCCAUUUCUGAAGAUUUUUCACCAAUGAUGCAUUUUGUGUUGUAACAGUAUUUUCCAUUUUUGGUGAGCAUAGAAUAAAUAACACGUUUUGAUGAAUUUUUCAGGACAUGACUCUAUUAAGAACUUUUUUUUAAAAUUCAUUUAUUUUUCUGUACCUGUUAAUAUGCUCAUGCAGUUCAUAUACUGUGACUGUGAAACAAUCAAUGUGAACUUAAAAAUGAGAGAGAUGUAUGAUUGCAAGUUCUUUUAUAACAGCAUGUAUUUGGUGGAGCUUUUUUUGUGGCAAAUUUCCUCUGUAUUUAUUUUUUUUUAUAUAAAUAUCUUAAGCUGUAUUUAGUGUUAGCAGACUAAUUAAAUGAGUUUGAUGUUGUUGGUUUUUUUUUUUAUUUAAGAAGGACUGUGAAGACUUUGAUGCUCUGAUUUUGCCUGCUGUUGUGUUCUGCAGUGUGACUCUGAUAAUGCUCAAAUAAGUUUUCUCUUGCAAACGUGAACUUCAGUAUAUCACCUUAUUUCUGCAUCUGUGACAACUGGAGCUAAAUAUAAUAAUCAAAAUGUUGAUUUGAUAUUUACAUAAACUUUGUUUGACA